AUCUAUAGCAUUGCUAGCAGAGCAACAACAUCUAAUAUUCUUCGCUUAUAGUCAGAGUAACCUGUUUUGUAAUAGUAGCCAAAAAAAAAAACAAACGGCCGGCAUUGAUACAGGUAUCAUAGCAAAAACAAUAGAGAUUUCCCAAUUUGAAUUUACCGCCUCAGUGAUUCGAGGAUACGCGAGUGGAGUUUACAAUUGCCUCUGUGCUUAUGUUUUGUAUUUGGCAAAAAGAAAAUAAAAUGUAAUCUUAAAACUAUUCUCCAUGCGUUUGAUGCAAUGACGCUUGCCUAUUCUCUUGGAAGUUGGUUGUGCUAUCAAAUUUAUCGUCUAUGUGUAUUUGAUUAAAUCCAAAAUUUAAUUAGUCACUUUAAAAAGCUCCAAGAGAACUGAACGGAUUCGGAAAAACUCGCUUUGGAUAAAAAAAACGAUAUCUACUUUGUAACGGACUACUUUGCGACGGUCUAAUCGCAGCAACCAGCAUUAUGUUGCGAUACCACUCCUUGACUGUGACUGUUGUUUUGAUCCUCGGCAUCGUUUGUAUUAGACUUGAAGAGGCCUUUGGUGAAAUAUUUGAAGAAAAUAUAAAAUUCUGUCUGAGAACAGAGCCAAGACUAUUGUCCGAUAUAGAAAAGCAUAAAAAUCCCCUGGAUGAUAAUGCACCAUGUGAAAUUAUAGCCACCACAUUGACGUCACUGGAAAAGGAAAGUUUCCGCAACACUAUGUGCAAGGACCAUGGUAGCACCCACAAAGAUGCCUUCUACUUCUUGAAGAUGUACAAUGGCAAUUUGAUAGGUCGUGGUCAGUACCAUGAAAUAUGCCAUAGCAAAACGAAUCCUUUGAUGGCUUGGAUACCCUAUGAUAUGAUGCAACAGUAUUAUGCCCAAUAUUUGGAUCCAAAAGAUCGCAUAAACUACAUGGCCAAGGCAACUGAUGUCUCACGUGAAAAGACCGAGUUAUGUCAUUUUCGACAUUCUGAUUUAGUCAACCAUAUAUCCGACAACUUGUUCACCUGUGUGGUCAUGAUAUUCGAGGAUAAUUUUUAUGGCCUGGAAUCUAGUAUCAAUGUCUUGGUUGAGAUAAAACCCUUAAUGUAUGAGCUACGUAAUAUAACCUACUUGCCUUGGGUCAACUCAUCGCUUAGCUAUAAAACCCUUUUGGGUAAGACAGCACUUAAGAACCCCAGUCGCGAGCAGAAACAAAUAUAUGGCAGCUUUAACUAUGAAUAUGUGGAAAAGGUUGUUGUGAAUCUAAGCUCCGUUUACAAGGAGGAGGGUCUAUUAAGGCUGCCCAUACUUUUUGAGCAUAAAAAUGCUGUACUAAAACUGGAUGACAAAGGCAUAGGUGGCAUGGAUGUCACAGAGAAAGCCUAUUUUGGCCGUAAAAUGGAUCCCAAGACUAAGGUCCGUGUCGAUCUCAUAGGCCAAUGGGCCGAACAUCAACACAUUUUCAAUGCUGAUAUCUAUGAGUAUUUUGGCUCUGGCAUCAAACGUUUCCAUGAUGAAAUGAAAAAUGGCAAUGUUUCAUUUAUGCGCAUUGAUAGCACCGAACCGGUCUAUGAAAUGCCUGAACCUGAGGAUAUUGUGGUGGCACAUCUUCAUUCACUAAACGGCAAACUAUUUCAACGCUUGACCGAGGAGGCCAACGAAACGGAUACCGAGGCUGAUGAUUUUGGGGAUGUAUUUGAAGAUGACGAUGAGGAAAUGCAUGUCGAGGGCUUGCGGGAUGAUACCGAUGAUGAUGGCUGGGGCUUAUAUCCUUGGUUUGUAUUGAUCCUUUUGGCGGUUGGUGGCAUUUUGCUGGCCGCCAUCUAUGGGACAGUACAAAAAUAUAGUGAUAAGAGGGAACCUAGGAAAUAUAAGUUUACCGGUGUAGCCACCAAAUAGAAUUUUUAAGCAAAAUAAAUUAUCUGGAGACGAAA